CCCUAUUCCUAAGUUUUGGCAUCACUGGCGUUCCAUACAGAAUGUUAGUGUUGACGUGACGUCAGAUGUUUCGUAGGCUAUCAAAAUGAAGAAGGCACACACGCUCUAGCUCUAGCCAUACCUUGUAGCUGAACAUAUGACAAUGCACGAAACUAACGUUAAACCCAGCGCAACAUUUAUUUGUUCGUUUCCCGACUGUCAAGCGUCGUACAACAGAGCAUGGAAGCUAGAAGCGCAUCUCUGCAAACAUACAGGGGAGAGGCCAUAUAAGUGCGAGUAUAGCACGUGCGGCAAAUCGUUCUGCACAAAAUAUCAUCUUGCUCGCCAUACGCUGACACACACCGGUGACAGACCUUACAUAUGCACGGAGGACGGAUGCAACGAAGGGUUCACCACAAACUCCAACUUGAAGAAACAUAUUUAACGUAUUCACAGACAAGAGACAAAACAAUACAUAGUGUUCACAUGAAGGCUGCGCGAGACGGUUUUCACAACGUGGUAAACUGAAGCGCCAUGAGAAGCUACCCAAAGGCUAUUCUUGCACCGCGGAGGGUUGCUCGUUUGUGGGAAAGAACUGGACGGAGAUGACAAACCACAAAAAAGUUCAUAUAGUCAGGGUAUGGUGUGAUCAGUGUAAGAAAACAUUCAGGGAUAGCUGGUUCCUGAAGCAGCAUCAGCAUGUUCACUCUGAAGAGCGCCUGGUGUAUCACUGCCCCAGAGAUGGAUGUUCCCGCUCUUACACCACUGCGUUCAAUCUUCAGAGCCACAUACUGUCAUUCCACGAAGAGCAGCGCUCCUUCAUCUGCAUUCAGCCUGGCUGCGGCAGGCCCUUUGCCAUGAAGCUUAGUUUACUGCGCCAUGGUGUGGUUCAUGAUCCUGAAAAGAAGCAGUUGAAACCCCGUCCGAAGCGCUCCCUGGCGUCCCGUCUGAGUGGCCACAAACCAAAAAACAAACGUCUAACAAAAACUUCAAAUUCAGAUGAAUCUUCGGUGCCACAAAGUAGCCAAUCAGAAACCACUAUGAAUCCGCAGUUAAAUGGUCUGUUGCAUCCUUUCAGCUCUGAAAGCUGUAAAUUACCAAAACCAGACUUCCCAGAAACCUCCCAGAGUUUAAUAAGUUCUGAUUUAGAGCCCGUUAAAUCAGAAAGUGUUGUCAGCAAAACAAAAUCCAUUUAUUCUGAGCUCAACGACCCUGCAAAUCCAGUGGUUCACCUUUUAGAGCCCCUCUUAUUGUAGAGUCCAUGAGUCAUAUU